AUGGAUGAAGAAUAUGACGUGGUGGUAUGCGGCACGGGGCUGAAGGAGUGUAUACUGAGCGGGCUGCUUUCAUCCGCAGGCAAGAAGGUGCUGCACCUCGAUAGAAACAAUUACUAUGGCGGCGAUGGGGCCUCGCUCAGCCUCACUAACUUAUAUAAUAAGUUUAAACCUGGUACUAGCCCGCCUGCUGAGUACGGGUCCAACAGAGACUGGAACGUCGACCUCAUCCCCAAGUUUGUGAUGGCUUGCGGCAAGCUCGUUAAAAUUCUCCUCAAAACAAAAGUCACCAGGUACCUGGAGUGGCAGGUGGUGGAGGGGACUUUUGUUUAUCAGUAUCAAAAGGCGGGGUACUUCUCUAGCGAGAAGUUUAUUCACAAAUUAGCUUAUGCAAAUGCCGGGGAAGAGAGAGAGAGAGAGAAGCGGCUGUAUAUUAAACUUUUUAGGGUUUAG